CAGUACGGGAGACGACCCAUGAAAGUAACAGUGCACCUUCCGUCCACCUUUGCCAGGCUUGCGACGCGUUCUCCAGAGACAGACCGAGUCAGUCGUAUGCCCAUCGUCCUGGAGAACGGUGCUCGCGUUUCGUCCGGCAGGUAUCAAAAGAUAGGACGCGUCGUCCUCUCAGUGUUAUCGUACAAAUACAAGAUCGCGAGUGCAACGACGAUCACAUAUAUCGCUGCUGUGGACCCGUGCAUCAUAAACAGAUGCACUUGGCGCGCGAUAUGUGCAAGCUGAGAAUCUCCUGACUCAAGAUCGCGACUAAAUCAUUGGGGAAUUAGGAGAAGCGACAGACAUGGAUUGGGAGGUGCGAGCAGCGUCGCUGAUUCUCUGCUUGGGAAUUCUGCUCGCUACGAUACAAGAUGGAAUCGCCGAACGCAGAAUUGUGUGUUAUUACACAAAUUGGUCGGUGUAUCGGCCCGGCACGGCGAAAUUUUCUCCUCAAAAUAUAAAUCCGUAUCUUUGUACCCAUCUGAUCUACGCGUUCGGAGGUUUCACGAAGGAAAACGCAUUGAGACCGUUCGACAAGUAUCAAGACAUCGAGAAAGGCGGAUAUGCGAAGUUUACGGGUUUGAAGACCUACAAUAAGAACCUGAAGACGAUGCUGGCGAUCGGCGGCUGGAACGAGGGCUCCAGCAGAUUUUCACCGAUGGUGGCCGAUUCCGCGAGACGGCGGGAGUUCGUCAAGAACGCCAUCAAGUUCCUCAGGCAGAAUCACUUCGACGGUCUCGACCUCGAUUGGGAGUAUCCGGCCUUCAGAGACGGCGGAAAACCACGAGAUAAGGAUAAUUAUGCCAACUUGGUGCAGGAACUUCGCGAGGAAUUCGAGCGAGAAUCUUCGAAAACCGGAAGGCCGAGACUGUUGCUGUCGAUGGCGAUGCCCGCCGGUAUCGAAUACAUUGACAAGGGUUACGAUGUGCCUAGAUUAAACGAGUAUUUGGACUUCAUUAAUUUGCUCUCGUACGACUAUCAUUCGGCGUACGAGCCCGCCGUUAAUCAUCAUUCGCCGUUGUAUCCUCUGGAAGAGGACAACGAAUACAAUUACGACGCGGAAUUGACUAUCGAUUAUACAAUCAGUCACCUCUUGGAGAAAGGUGCGUCCGCGGAUAAGGUCGUUCUUGGAAUACCAACGUACGGUCGAUCCUACACGUUGUUCAAUCAAGAUGCAACCGAACUUGGAUCGCCGGCUGAUGGUCCAGGCACCGAAGGAGAGGCCACUCGAGAGAAAGGCUAUCUUGCCUAUUAUGAGAUUUGCGAGGGUAUUGCGGAAUCUGAUGAUUGGGAGGUCGUUAAACCAAACCCUAAAGCCAUGGGACCAUAUGCCUUCAAGGGCAAUCAGUGGGUAGGAUAUGACGACGAGAAUAUAGUUAGAUUAAAAGCUCGUUAUGUGAAUGAAAAGAAGUUGGGAGGCAUUAUGUUUUGGUCAAUAGACAAUGAUGAUUUCCGUGGCAAGUGUCAUGGUCGACCGUAUCCAUUAAUCGAAGCUGCCAAAGAAGCGUUGCUUGCGGAUAAUAGGAAUACGAUUGACAAGACGAAGUCAGUAGACAAUCGGAAAAAGACUCGCACUCAAAGCAAUACUCGUAAGUCGAAUACGAGCAGUCGAAGAAGUAGCACGACAUCGUCUCCAAUCAUUAGCAAACGUGUGUCUUCUUCAAGACCGAAAUAUCGUACCGUUUCACAAUCGAAAAGCGAAGAGCAAGACGACCGGGAGGUAUCGAGAAGGUCUUACGAUCCAUCCUCGGAGGAGGACACGGAGGGCAGAAACACCGUCACAGUCACAGAGAAAAUUGAGCGACCGAAAAACCGAAAUAGGAGUAAAACGCGAGGCGCUUCUGCUGAUCGUAGCACUCGUAGAAAGCAAUCCAGACGUAAAGGACAAAGUAAGACUGACGAAAGCGGAGAGUCCUUGAGCAACAAGUUAACGACUCCUGAACCACCGACGACACCCGAUCCAGGAACCGACUUUAAAUGCGAAGAUGAAGGUUUUUUCCCGCAUCCUCGAGAUUGCAAAAAGUAUUUCUGGUGUCUCGAUAGUGGUCCCAGUGGACUUGGCGUGGUUGCACAUCAAUUCACUUGUCCCUCAGGUUUGGUAUUUAACAAAGCAGCAGAUUCUUGUGAUUAUCCGCGUAAUGUGAUUUGUCCUAAGACAUCGAAAACAUCGAUUGUCUCGACUACUAGAUCGCCUAUUACAGCCGCAACUAGCCGAACAACUUACUUACACAGCACAACGACCGCAAAGGCGGAAUCGGAAGAAUUUGAUUCGGAGGAAGAGUACGACGACGAUGAUGAGAUUGCGGAAAGCGAGGAAGAAGAGGAAGAAGAGGAAGAAGAGGUGAAAGAAGAACCGAAGACUACCACGACUACGACGACAAAGCCACUCAUAUAUAAAACACUCACCAGAAAUAGGCCAAGUACGACUACUACUACAAGAACCACUUUAAAAUCAAAUGAACCAGAGAAAGUCAUCGAUAAUGAAGACGAGGAGGAUCCAAAAGUGAUCAAGGAAUUGAUCGAUCUCAUUAAGAAAGCUGGCGGAAUAGAAGAGUUGGAAAAGCAGCUGUUACUUCAAGAGAAAAAUUCAAACACGAAAUCGGGCAGCGAAAGCGAGACACCGGCCACGAUUAGUCGUAGUCUAUACGAACGUGUAUUGAAUCGUCAGGCGAACAGAAUAGGUAAUCAACGACCUGCAUUUUCGUCUUCGGAAACCAGUUACGUGAACGGACCAGGAAGAGCACAAUUCGAAGGUUUGGACGAUAUUCCUGAAGUGAAGAGCCUCAGAAGAUCGCAGAAACCCCAAUACGUCACUAUCGAGAGAUCCAAGUCGGUCACGAAAGAAUCGGAGAACGAAGGCAUUGAUGAGAACGAAGAAGAUGAUGAUAGCACUGAUGUAGCUUCCUCCGAGGAGAAAAGCAUCAGCAAUCCGGAAGGUAGCUCGUCUACGCAACGAGUGACGCCAAGUUAUGUAAAUAUUCGACGAACACGACUUUCCACGACAACGUCUAGAACCGAGAAUGACGUGGAAGGGAAGAAAGUAGAAAUAGAAGAAAAAAGAUCUACUCGUAGACGACGACCUUUCGUUUCUUCGAAGCAACAAGACAACGAAGCAAGUUCUGAAAUAAUUAAACCAUCUCGAAAUCGUGGCUUAAGUUUCAGCUUCAGGAAUUCAGAGAAGAGAGAUGACGAUUUAAAAAGCACGGAUCUGUCAGCAGAGAAAGAUGACGAUUCGUCAACAACCAAAUCUAGGUAUACCAAUGUACAAAGAUUCAGAAGCACCACUUUAAAAACUUCCGAGGAUGCGUCUAGCGUAGUACCGUUAUCAGAGGUCAUCAAUGAACCUACUUUAUCAAUGGGAAUAGAGGAAUAUCCAGAAUUUUCUAGUACGAGCCUCCCAUCGUCUACUCCCGCGAGCACUUCAACCUCUACUGAAGUCAUCACCGUGAUUAGCGUCGAACCACCGGAAAAUUCACCUAGUGUAAGCCCUAAAAACACUGUCGGCUCCACCACUGACUCGGUGAAACUGGUGGAAGAUUCGGCGACGGAGAUCCUCUUCACGACGUUGCCGGCAGCUAGCAGUUCAAGUCAGUCGACGACGACGACGACGACGACGACGACGACAUUGGCGAGCAGAUCAACUAUCGCCACGGUGUCGCAACCGCGACCGUUUGGUUUCACCAGACGAAAAUCCGGUUCAUCGGAAGCGACGACGACGGCGACAACUCCGUUGAGCAGGUCCAAGGUGAGUAUUUCGUCGCGAAAUCCCACGCGUCCGUCCAGCCCAGCUCUGGGGCGAGUUCGAUUAAGGACGAGACCGGCCAACCGAAUCGCCGAGGAGGACUCGGUGGAUCAAGUGGAGACUCCACGCGCGGAGACUUUCACGUCUAGGAGCAAGGACGUUAGCAGAGCGCGCAAUAGGGGAGCCAGCAGAUAUAUCUCACCAACCUCAAAAUCAAGGACGGAGGAUGUUUCCGCGAACUCCGUUUCAGGUCCCAGAUAUAGAGAAAGAGGUAGAACAACGACAUCGACGACUGCGAGUACAAUCACCAGCAGUGGCCUUAGGAGAAGAUACCGAAGACCUGGCAGAGUUAACAGCACGGAGUCUAUCAAAGCCAAUGAAUUGAACGAUAGUCCGAUAGUUAGAAUAACACAAGGUGGUUCUAGGAACAAACCGUCGUUGCAAUCGCGAUCUGAUAGCAGCGAAGAGGAAAACGGUAGGAUAACAAACAUCAGAGUCUUCAGGAAGCCGACUGUCAAUCGUGAGUUAUACGACAGGACAAAGUACACGAGGAAAAGGAACAAUGUGCAAGAACCGGUGCAAAAAGCAAAUGAUGAUUCGAACCAGAAACAGACUACAUCGAUAACAUUCAAAGUUCCCAGAGCAGAUGCUAUUGCGGAGUACAAAAUUGAGAGGAACGAUUUGCUGAACAAUGUCGAUCAAUCAACAGCUACGAUUGAUUCCGUCGUUGAAUCAAAUACUAUUCAAUCAAUUUACACCAAUGAUGCAACGACUGCAUCUACUAACAAGAUCGACUAUACGAGUGAUCGACCCGAGGAUGCUGUCGUCACAACGACCGCACAUAUCGAAGCUUAUGAAUUUAAUCCUGAUUUGGUGACGAUCGUUUCUACCGAACGCGUCGUCGAUGUUACGGAAGGAACAUCGGAGACUCCCAAAAGACGAAAGAUUAUCCUAAGAAAAAGGCCAAUAUCAUCGAGCACAGCUGCCAAUAUUAUUGAAACAGAAGAAAAAGAAAUAUCUCAAAUACCUCGUAGACGAAAAGUGAUAAAACGUAAACGUCCGCUUCAAGACACUUCGUCGACGUCGGCUGAAGUUUCUUUUGAAGAAGAAGAGAACUCGAGCCUUUCUCUAGAAUCAACAACUCCGAUGGGAAGUAGUAAAAAAAUUGAAAAAUCAACCAACGCUACCGAUCGGACAAGAAUUAUUCCAAUGACCAAAAAUGCUGAAGAAUCAACGAUCGCUGCUGGUCUAACAGAAUUUACGAGAGAAAUGGAAGAUUCAACUAUCACAGAAACCACUUUAUUUACUGAUAACUCGGACGGUUCCACGAAGGUUACUUUGGAGACUCCUGCAACUGAGAUCACGACGAUUCCUGAUGAUGAAGCUACAAGUAUUCUCAGCACCACUAUAUCAACGAUUAACACAAAUGCCGAUGAGGAUCAGUCAACGAUCGAGACGGGUACUGAAAGUACUACGAUGGAAUUAAUGUUGGCGACAGCCACGUCUUAUAAUACUGAAAGUAACACGUUCUCAGAAGAAACGUUGAUACCGUCCACCAAGCCUGAGAACUUAUCCACUAAUCGCGCGCAAAUAACCACCAUGUCACCCAUGUCGGAUACAGAUUUAGCCAUCACCCGUUCACAAGCAACCACCACGCCAUUCACAACGGAAUCGGAUUCCUCACUGGCCACAAAAUUGAACUUUGAUUCGAGGUACGCGCGUAAGAAGUUUGUGCGCAAGAGUCUUGCAACCUCUACAGAAAAUACGACCAAUCGAUACUCGACCUCUUUGUCGUCAACAGAAAAUAAUAAUCUUGAUAUUUCUUCAAGACGAAGAAACAAUUUGUUUAUUCGUCGUCAUCCUGGCACCACUAACGCACUUCAGGAUGAUCUCAAAUAUAAGAAAGAAGAAGGAGAAGAAAAUAUAGAAGGAGGAUCUCAUGAUGUAAAUGAACAAGAAAUUACAGAAGAUACGACCCUGAGGAGCAAAUCGGUUUCGACGAACGGUCUUUCAGAUAGCUCCGUAGAAUUCUGGAAACAAUAUGCGACAGCUUCGAGAGAUCAAAUAAACCAUCCUUCGGAAGAUAAUACGUAUCAAUCAACAUCGACUGCUACUCGCGGGCCAGAGACUCGAUCGCGAUACAAAGUUCCCAUAAUCCUAAAGAGGCCAUUCGAUCCCGAAGAGGCUUUAUCACCCAGGCGACAUCUUCCGUUAGACUCCGCGCCUGAAGAAUCUGAGGAGACGCCGGAAACGAGAGAAUCGAGGCUGAAGCAAUCCGGUUUCCGGCAGCCACGAACGCGUUACAAGCUUCGAGACCGGGAUAAUGUGAAAGUCAACGAAGACACUACGUCACCGAGUCCAGAAUCCACAAGUACCUGGCAGUACUUUAGAACGCGUACAUAUCCGAAACGUACAUCAUCGACUAGCACGGAAGCGGCGGCCACGGAAACUCUGAUACCGGCGAAAAAAUUCGAUUAUGUCGCGGAUGCCUUCCACCGGAAACAACAGUCGCUAAGGACGACGACGACGAUAACACCGAGAAGUAACGAUCUUCUUGACUCGCAAAAUCUGAUUGAUCCGUAUUACGCGCGUAUUACGACAGUGCCAUCCGUCACCAGAUUGGUGACCUCGGUAACGGAAUCCGGUACCACUGAGCGACAGAAGAUUCUCAUCAAGACCAAAUACUCGUCGCUGACGUCAACCACGAGAAUACCAGCGGAUCAGUUCCCUCCAACGAGUCCGUCGUCAGUUUCGGUGACUGGAAUCGACGACGAUGAGUCCGUCAACGAAAUUCGUCAGGGUGUCGAGCGAUCCACCCUGCCGAUCGAGAGCGAGUUCAAUUAUCGGUACGGUGGCCGAGUCACCACGGAGUCACACGAGUCUUCGACUAUCGAGAUCGAGUCGGUGUUCAGCAACCUGAUCGCCGGCAAGAGCUCCGCGAACGCGCUGCCUUGUUCUGAUUUUCAGGUCGCCGAUUCGGAAACCAUCAGGCUGCCGACCCUGAAGGAACUGAUCGGUUAUCCGACGACUUACUACGACGAUCAUAUCGCCACUACGUCGGCGUCUGUACUCUUGCACUUGCCGCGUAACGACGUGGACAACGACAUUAGCCGGCAGAACGUUGAUGAGUCGUUGAGAAGAAUAGAUGAGUCGCAAGAUGACGAAAAAGAAUUAGCCAGUUACAAAGAAGCAACAAGUUUCAGUCACGAAUGCUAUUCAAGAAAACGAGGACAAACAAAAGAAGUUUUCGAGUUCGAUCUAUUUUUGAAGCCAACAACAAUGCGCGGCAUUCCUCUCGCCAGUCUGACACCUAGUCCGAUAAUGCGUGGAUUUUAUAUCACCAAGGGUGAAGAUGUUCUGCCAUCGUCAAUAUUCACUACGAUAACGACAACCGAGAGUUCCGUCCAACAGCAGACAGAAACUACUGUUCCUGACAUUUUUACGACCGAUGAAAUCGUAACUCAUAACGAUCAAAGCGAAUUGGGCCCCAAUAUUCCCGAUAAUAGUGCGAACAAUAUCAUUAGCGACAAAAGUGAAGGGAGGUUUUUCACGUUCACUUCUUCAGUCGAUUCGUUGGAAGAAUAUCCCAGUAAUACUGAGAAUAUUUUAAAUCAAGAAAAAUUUGACUUAAAUACUGUCGAUAGAUCAGCGUCUAAAAGAGGAAAAUCAGUACGUAACUUUGAUCAUAACACGACACCUUCUUUUAACUCUUAUGUCGUGUCCCCAACAUCGCCAACGAGACGAAGAAUCGCCCUGGUUGUGAAUAGGUACAAUGAAGCGAGCACUCCGUUAUGGACGGGCAGACGUAUAGUAAGAAAAAGAAACAAGACCACCAUUGUCUCGCCGAUCAAGGAUGCUAUAAGACGAACCGAGAACGAUUCUAUUCGUACGACAAACUCUUUAAACGAUUAUCUAACUUCUAAAUCGAUUUUGAGUCCAAGAGGGCGUAAAUUUCCCAUAACUUCGACGACACCAACGAUUCCUUUAAUUGCGUCCGAUUCUACAUCUCCUGAAAUUGCAAAUAGUCCUAACAAUCUUGCAAAUUCUAAUGACAUCGAAGACCUGGAAAGCCACGCAACUGUAGAAUUAACGAUGACUCUGACAAACUCAGUAGUUACAGCGACACCUUCGAUCUCCGAAAUCAUCUCGACGACAAAUAAACCCACGAUUGCUGAUAUUUCAACGUUCUCAGAUGACCCUACAACAACUCCUACAAUCGCGACUGUAAUUACAACUACGCCAUUAAUUAUGGCGAUUGCAAAGGCACCCACAGUUGCAACUGAUGCUACAAUUACAACUACAACUGCAAAUACUGAAACUGAAACUACCUCUCUGAAUUAUCUUACAACUGAUCAUCCGACGAUCGAGAAUACAAACGCAAUUCCGACUGAUUUUGAAACCACGACUACGUUUGCAGCGAACACCGAAACUGAAAUUGUUUCCGCAAAUCCUGCAGUUCCACCGAUUACGCGAACAAUAUCAACAGAUUCUACGAAUACAGCUACUCCUAAUGCAGAUAAUAUCGAAAGUGAAACUACAUCCAUGACAAGUUAUUCCACAAUCACAAUACCAACGACUGCUGAUACGCAGGAAGUUGCAACUGAUUCUGAAAAUAUGACUACAGAUCAAGUUGCAAAUGCUGAUAUUAGCACUAUUUUCACAAUUGCAAAUUAUUCUACAAUUCCAACAACUACAAAUACAUACGACGUUAUAACAGACUCUACAAUCUCGAUCGAACCUCCGAAUAUCGAGCUUGAAACAACCUCUACGAUUGGGAAUUAUUCCACACUCACUACCACAGGAGUUAACAAUACUCGCGCAACUACAACAAUCCCAGCUACCGCUACCGCAUUAUUAACAACGAUCAUUUCUUCAACGGUGAACGCACCUGUACAUAUAACAGCACCUGUGACAACGAAUAAUCUCGCAGAUGCAGAUACCGUAACUGCAAACGAGAUAACUACGAACACGCCUCUUAAUAUAAUUACUCCAACGAAUGCUGACCUUAACGAAGUUACAACAUCCGCAAAUGCGAACAUUUUUUCCACUUCCGCGAUUGGUGACAUUUUGCCAAUUACAAAUCGAUCUACAACUAAUUCUAUAAUUUUGUCCGAAGUUCCAAACACGAGCACAGACGUAACUUCAAUGAGUUCAAUUAUUUCCACUUUAACAACCGAAUCUUCCACGAUAGAUCUUGCAAAUCCGAGUACUUUUAAUAUCAGCAAUAAUUCCGAAAUAUUAACCGUAACUUCAGAGUUUACUCAAACUACUGAAAUUCCCACGACGUUCGAAACCACUUCAAAGUCUAUCUCGACAACGAUCACACUUCCGAAAUCUCUUCCUAGCACAAAUUUCGAAACAUUGUCAACUGCAACAGCUGCAUUGUCACCUGAAGAGGACGAAAAUUCCUCGAUGUCAAUGAUUACUCAAAAUUCUUCAACUCUUCUUUCGAUUACAACACCGAUUACUAGCAAAACGAAUAUAGUUUCAGAAAGAUCUGUAACUUCUGCAACUUCCGAUGAAUCGAUUGCGACAAAUUCCAUGAUUUAUACAACUAGUGCUUAUAAGCCGGAUUUAAUACAAAUGAUAAAUGAAGAAUCUACAAUAUCAGAACAGGAAAUAGAUUUUAAAAAAGGUAUGUCAGUGGAAACGCAAAGUCAAAGCAAAGAUCAAACAACUACGAUUAUUAACAAGCCAAGUAUCGCACAAACGACGAGUGAAGAAAAUACAACUCCAAAAAUGAAAGUAGUGUCUGAAGAAACUAUUUCAAAGUUCACAGAAAGCCAAAAACAAAAUCGAACCACUUCAGAAUAUGAUACAAUUAAUUAUCAAUACAAUAAAAAAGCUUCUAGACGUCGAGUCGUAAAUCGGACAAACAAUUGGCUUGGAAGUCCUGUAACAUUGCAGAGAACUAACGAAUAUCCUCGACAUCGAGUUGCAGUGCAUCGUAGACGAAGACCUUCUACUGAUAUUUCAUCUUCGACUGAGAACAAUCAUAGAAGGAGAAUUAUGCGAAAAAGAGUUAGAGUUAACUCUGAAGCAAUCAAUAGCACUAUCCGAUCACAUCAAGAUAUUGUUGAUAUUCAAAAUAUUACUGAAGAUCAAGUUGUACAUAAUCGAGCGGAAAAUGUGAGAAAGAGAAUGAAAACUGAGUUGAAUGAAAUUAAGGAAAAAAUUGGAGAAGAAGUGACUACCAUGUUAUCCACAGAAAAAACGACAGUAUUUCCUCAGCCAUCUGCCAUUAUUGAAAAUGAACAUAUCGAGAAAAAACGAAAAAUUAUAGUUAAAAAACUGAAACAGUCUCAAGAAAAUUCUACAACAGAAGAAUCUAGUACCAAUCCUUAUUUCACCAAUGAAAAUCCUUCAAAUAAUUCUAAAAAUAAUCUUCAUGUAAAUAAGAAUCUUCUUCAACAAGAAAAACCAAGAAAAAUAAUAAGAGUUGUAUUGAAAAACGUUAAACUCAAAUCCGAGAAGCAAAAGUUAAUCGAAGAAGCGAGUGCAGAUUCUGAUUCUAUUGACAAAAACAUGCAAGACAAUUUUUCAAAAAGUCUUUAUGCAAAUAACGAUCUUUCUGACAAAGAAAUUGUAAGAAGGAUGAGAGUGGUAUUGAAAAAUAGUCCUAUAUCUGAAGAAAAGAAUUCAACAAUUUCAAAAACAAAUGUGGAUUCGAAUAAAAAUCUGCAUGACAAUUUUUCAAAUAAUCUUAACAUAAGUCAAGCUCCUUCUAACAAAGAAAAAAUAAAAAGAAGAAUGAGAGUUGUAUUGAAAAGUGUUAAGCCUAAAUCUGAAGAAAGAAAUUCUACCAUUGAAGAAAUAAAUGAAGAUUCCGAUCUUACUAAUAAAAAUCUUCAAAACAAUCUUUCAAAUAAUUUUAAUACAAGCCAAAUUUUUUCCAAUGAGGAUAAGACAAGGAGGAGAAUGAGAGUUGUGAAAAGGGUUAAACCUAAAUCCAAAGAAACGGGAAUAAAGACUGAAGAAGCCAGUGUAGAGCAUGAUUCUACAAAUGAAAGUCUUCAAGGUGCUUUCUCAAAUAAUCUUCGCAACAGUAAAAAUCUUCUCGACUAUGGAACCAGAAGAAGAAUGAGAGUUGUAUUGAAGAGUAUCAAAUCUAAAUCUGAAGGAAAUAUAACAGUUGAAGAAGUGAGGAUAGAUUCUAAUUUUACCAACGGAGAUACUUUUUCAAAUAACUCUCGCAGCGGUAAAGACCUUCCCCUCAAAUAUGGGAGCAGAAGAAGAACUAGAGUUGUACUGAAGAGCGUCAGACCUAAGUCCGAGAAAAGAAAUUCAACAGUUGAAGAGGCGAGUGUAGAUUCUGAUUCUAUCGAUAAAGAUCUUCAAGGCAGUUUUUCAAGUAAUUUUCAUAUAAAGAAAAAUUUUCCCGACAAAGAACAGACACGAAGACGAACGGGAGUUAUACCGAGGAGCAUCGCAGCUAAGUCUGAGGAAAAAGAUUCAAUAGCUGAAGAAACAAAUAUAGAGCUCGAGUAUGAGAGAGUCAGAGAGCAGCCUCAACUAUUCUCCACAUUUAAUUUUUCAAAUAAUCUAUACGGGAGUAAUAAUUUUCCUGAAAAGGAAAAGACGAUGACGCCUUCUAAAUCUGGAGAAGAGGAGACGACCAUCAAACAGCUGGGAGUCACGGAGCCGCGGAUCACGGGGACGUCUGUUCUGGUCGAGGAGGACACUGAUCGACCCUCGCUCGAGGUAACGACCAGUACGUCAAUUGGUCGCAAAUCAGGAAGUGGGACUAGACAUAGAAAACCGGCGCAGUUUACAACCGUCGCUCCGUUAACCAACACUCUGUCGAAUACAGAACGUACUUCCCGAAGAGGUAGGCCAGCCCUCGAGACCACCUUGUCAUCGAGGAUAGAUCACGUUGAUGCAUUUGAGGGCGACGAGGCCUACGUGAAACCGACCGCCGUCUUGCACGAUCAGAAUGCAGACGUGUCCUCCGACCAAAGCGUCCGCGCCCAAGAAUUCGCGGUGACACUGUCGGAACCGCCGUCCUCUUCGUCGGACAUUGGUCGAACGCCGUUAAGGAAUGAGGAUAGGCGCAAGAUAAGCACCACCAUAGCACCUAGAACAGAUUCCACGACCAGUAAGACGGUCUCGAGGUACGGCGCGGACUUUCGAAGUCGCCAGAGGCCCCGGACGAAAGAGAGGCCCACGAUAAACGCGACCGCAAGACCUAGAAGACCGCCGGUGAUCGACUACGAUUAUUACGAGGACGAGGUGCCGAUCGUCGUCGGCAAAUCCGUCCUCAAUAGCAAACUCUUCCUCACGAGUAAGGGUACCAUACGUUGCCUGGACCAGGGCAACUUCCCGCAUCCGUACUCGUGCAAGAAAUUUAUCACCUGUGCCCGUAUGGUGAACGGCCAGGUGAUCGGAACCGAGUACACCUGUCCCGAUAAAUUGUCCUUUGAUCCAGUCGGCGGUAUCUGCAAUUGGUCCGCCGGUCUCGGUUGCAAGGACCAAUAAAAAAUCAUCACUCCGAUAUCAGUCCUCGACAGUCGAAAUACGAAGUUUAGUUGUCUUAGACCCAAUUGCACCAGUGUCUCAUAAAAUUCACUUUAAUUCGAUUUACCUUCUCUGUCUCUGUUCUGACACAAGACACUAUAAUGCAAGAAAGAAACAGAAGUGUCAUUAUGCUUCGAAUUCGAAAUUGGUUGGUGCAAUUGUAUAUCGGCUUUAUUUCUCAUAUCUGUUUCGGACAGUAAACAUAGCCGAUACUUUUUACUUCGCAUUUGCGUAGAGUACAUAAAGAUAAUUAUAUUGAUUAUAUUUAAACGCGCCUUUUUUAAUUUAUUUCCGACAUUUAUGAGAAAUAUCUUCAAGAAAAUACGUGACUGUCGGCUGACUAUGAUUACCAUUGCGAUAUUUUGGAAGAUGAAUUUUCGAACAUAAUGAAUUACUCGGUUUAAAAUUAAAAAGGGGAAUUUAUAAUCUUGCAAAAUCAAACUCUAUAAAAAUUUUAUUUUAAUUCUCCCUCUUUUCACGCACGGUAAUCGCAUGAAAUGUUAUUACGUUAGACUUAAAUUUUAUUAUCGUUGCGGGCUACUGGAUAGAGGCACUCUAUAAAAAUCAUUAAUAUUAUUAUAUAUGAAUUUAUAAUGACGAUAUUUGUUCGAGGAGACUUGAAUUGAUCUUAUUGAAAAAGCCAUAAAAUUGUACUAUUUCCUUUUUUAUUCCACAAAUAAUUUUUUCUAUUUUCUGAAUAGAAAAAGAAUAGCACAUUUUUAAUAUAACGCAGCACAAAUAUAAAAUAAAAUUUUUCAUUCUUUUAAGAGUUCAUCUUUCUACGAUUUUCAUCUAAAAUCAUUUCAAUUUUUUUAUCUUUAAAAAAUUUACUUUAGUGACCUUUUCGAGGAAAUUAAUUCUUUAUUCACUUACGGUCGUUGAUACUGUGAAGCGGGUUAUUUUUGGGUGAUAAUUCCGAUAAAAAUAUAUUUCGUCUACUUAUUGUACGAGCGUGCAAUAGCCAUAUAAUCGAGCGAAAACGCAGAGCGGUGAUAUUAUCGUUAAAGUCUCUUUGUGUAAAUAUAUUAAUAGUGUGGUAAGUAGCAUUUAAGGUAAACGUAUUUUUCCCGUGGCGUGCUGGUAGGCGCUAACUUAUCUGUAAAUUUUCAGAAUUAAGUUCAUCUUAUUUCGUAAAAUACGUCCACUUAAUAGAAGAAAUAUGCGAUAGAUCUUACUCGACUUCGAUGGGUCGAACUCUUCUCUCGGAUUUGUGUGUAUCGAAGAUUUUUGUAUUUAGAAUAAAAAGCAUUGUUUAACCACAUACAUGUGUCCGUUGUACGUUCCUUUGAAAAAAUGAUUAAUGUCAAUAUAAAUGGCAAAUAUUAUUUUAAAUAAAGCAAGUCAUCUCGUUUUACAUUUAUAUUUCACUUCGAUGGAAUUUUUUUAAUAAAGAAUGUCUUGAAAAUGAUAUGUUUUAUGGGAGGUAAAAGAUACAAAAAUCCUGAUGCGAUAUUAUGUAUACAUACUUUUUUUCAAAGAUUUCUUUAUUUUCCCCGAUAUUCUUGCGUUUUACAAUGUUAUUUGUUAUUAAUCUAGUUUAGGAAGAUGAGAUGGGCAAAACAAGUAUACAGUAGUAGCUGAUAAAUGUAAUGCAGCGCGAGACGAUCAUGUUUCAGCGAGAUUUCCAUCGAAUUGUUACAAUUUCAUAAAUAUUGUUUCAUAAGAUAAUAAUAAUAAUAAUAAUUACAAUUAUACGUGUAUAAAUACGCUAUGUAUAAAUGAGAAUGUAAUUCAACUGUAUGACAAAAUCUGACAAAAUUAUAAUGAAGUAUUCGGAAACUUUUCAACUUUCCGAGCAGGCGGACUUCAUUUUCGAAUAUUCGUUUGCGCGGAUAUUACAAUGCAUCAGAUAUAUAUGUUUCAGACGUAUAUGUUUCAAAGUAUACGCUUCCCUUUUUGACAUUACGUAUAUUUCCUUGUUCGGUGGUACGUAUACCUGUAAAAAAGUGCGUGUGUGUCGUUUAUUUACGUGUGUAUAUACUGUUCUAGCAGUCAACUUUCUGCUUUGACGUGUUUCUUGUAUAUUAUAUUCGUCUCUCUAUAUGCCCAAUGUAUAUUCCGAGAGAGAGAAGAAAAAGAAAUAAAAAGGAAUGAGAAAUUAAGUAAACUCUCAAAAAAUUGCGUUAAGAUAAACAUUGAAAAGCGCAUUAAAGCCGCAAAAAGCGAAACAGAAAAAAACUUACAGUAUACUUACAGUAUACUUUCGCCGAUAAAAGUAAAUUGCAUUUCACACACACACGAGCGCUUUAAUUGAGAGAUUGAUUUUUCACAACGAUUUGAACAAUGAUGAUUCGACUUCCGACGUCACUUUUGACAGAUAAGGCUACGUCGUAAAAUAUGAUCCAAGAAAUGGCAGCUGCGAUUUGGAGAUUUACAAAGUGGACUCUAUAUUACAAUUAGCGCGCCUUAUCGCUCUUCGCAGAUAUUUAUAAAAAUAAAUACUUUGAGAAAAGUAUCCCGUUCACUAUCGUAAAAUAGAUACAUAUAUCGGAGCAAUAUAAUAAAUAAUUAUUAAAGUCAAAUAAAUAAAUAAUUUGCUUCGUUCAGCAUAUUCGUUUCGCGUACCUUUAAUAUACGAUUUACAAAGUACAUAAGGCGACGGCUUGUCGUUUAAGGAUUCGUAGUGCCGCGCUUAUUAAAAAAAUAUGAACAUUAUUCGAUUUCGAGCGUAUGUUUUCUGGAUACUUAGCGAGAAGGUCGACUUCUAUAUCAUUAAGUCUCGCAAAGACUCGUUAUUAUUAUUUCUCUGAAUUUUACUACCUUGAAAUUCUCUCUUUUUUUUUUUAAGUGUUUGUGCGAACAUUGAUCUAUGGCGUAAACCGAAUGUCAAUGCUUAACGGAGUGCACCCCAAAUAUGACGUAGAAUUUGGUAAUUUUUAAAAGGGCACACGUUUAAGCUAUUGACAAACACGAUAUAAUUAUAAAAUGUAAUAAAAUUACUAUGAAUGUGUGGAUUCAGAAAAAUUCAAUUCGAAAACACUGUUAAAUUUGUGUCACGCUACAAUGGCAAAAUCGCAAUCUAAAAAUAUAUAUAUAUGUGUGUGUAUAUAUCUCUUUCGCUGAAUAAUCAUAUACAAAAUGUAGAAUAUAGAACUUUAGAAUAAAUAUCCUGAUAUAUGUAUAGAGAUAAAAAGUAGUACUAGUAGUUAUAGCACUACUUAGUACUUAUAGUAGUAAUACUAGUAAAAAGUAGUACUAAUAAAAUUAGUACUAUUUUAAUAGUAAUUUGGAGAGCCUCUAGUAUCAAUGCACUCACUAACUAUAUCCAAUUAUGUAAGCUUCUCCUUUUUUGCCAUAAUUAUCGAUCUCAAAUAUGGCCCAAGACGCAAUUCCUUCCCGUUCGAAAAAAAGAAUCGUAGAAAAUGUGUUACCUAUCGUUGGCACUUAUCUUCCCA